AUGUGUUGUAUAUCCAAACGGACUCUCAAGCUUGUACAUCUGUAUGUAUUUAACUGCCCUCCCGAUGACUACGGAAACCAAUUGGAGUAUAAUAUGGCAAUGAGUGGACAGUUAUCUUGUCCUAACAGACAUCAAAUUGACUUUAUUAAGGAAACUGUACACAUGAGCACCAAUCAUAUGGACCUCAUAUAUGACAAAAUGAAGUAUACGGUCGCCGUUUUGGACCAAAUAUUUGUCGACAUUGGUUACCAAUACGCAGCGCGUAUGGCAUCCGUCCAUUUGGGUCAAUCAUAUCUACCGGCCCUCAUAACCGCCCUAUGUUAUGGACCACACACUCAACGGCUAUUUGAGGCAUCGCUGUUGACAUAUUGGGUGAAAGCGAGUAAACAGUUUUACAUUGAUAUUGUACUAGUGAUUGCUAAUAAUAACGAUUUGCUAAAUGGUAAAAGUUUGUCCGACUUGUACCUGGACACGAGCACACGGGUCCAGUGCCUAACUCUUAUUGAAAUGCAAUCGCUUUUCGUUUCACACCCUAAUCUGAUAACACGUCGGUUACUAUACGCGCAUACUAUUGAAGACCUAAUGGACGAUAAAUUAGAGGCGUUCAAUAACUUCGCAGAUUCAACCAAAAGUCCUGAAAUUUUCCGUAAAAGUCUGCAAAAUGUUGUCAUCAUUCAGGACCAGACAUGGAUUGAUAUACUUAUCGUGUUUGGCACUAAAUUUGCGUCCAUACAUACCGGGCAAUCAUACCUACCGGUGCUCAUGACACCGCUCUGUUACGGACCCCACUUUCAAUUCACUAAUAUAUCACAAAUUAUUACACAACGUCUAUACGAGGCAUCACUUUUGCAGCGCUGGUAUCUCACGAGAAAUACAUUUUACAUUCAAAUCUACAAAAAUAUCGCCGAAAACAGUGUUUUAAUGGACAAACCUCUAACCGAUUUCUACGCCAAAACAGUCGACCCC